AUGUCGAUAACUGACGCUUACGAAACGGAUUCCGAUGAGGGCAAAUCGCCUUCUUGGAUACCAUUGGCAUCCUGGGUAGAACUUUUAGAUCCCGUCUCGUCCACUGCGCAAUCUUAUCAUUUGCCCAAACGUUACUUCAGCAGCGCUACCAAGAAAAUAAAAAACACAAGGCCUCGUCAAAAGCUCGCACAACUUAGAACCACGGCUCAGGAUCUCACUCCGCAGCUCGAGGAGUUCAAGCGACGUACUUUGGGACGGCUUCAAGCCCUGGACAAACCUCUAGAGACAUUAUUUUUUCAUCAGAGCUCUCAUCUGGAGAAAUGGUUUUACCCUUUCACUUUGGUAAACAUUUUCGCCAUCGGCUUCAUUAUCGGAAAGUAUCCAGAAUGGUUCCACGUCUACUACACCGCCAUGCUCAUACUUCUGAUGCCAGUACGUUACUAUACCUACUACAAGACUAAUAGCCAUUACUACAUGGCCGACCUCUGCUAUUACGUGAACAUGAUGUGUUUGCUAUUUAUUUGGGUAUGGCCACAGUCCGUUCACCUUUAUCAAUCUUGCUUUGCAUUUACCUUUGGAACCCUAUGUUUUGCUGUCAUCACCUGGAGAAACUCUCUUGUCAUACAUUCGGUAGACAAGAUCACUUCUUGCUUCAUUCACAUCAUGCCACCCUUAACCAUGUACACAAUACGACAUGGCAUAAGUGAAGAUUUAAAAUUGGCGAGGUUUCCGGCAGCCUCCUUAAUCGCAUCCAAAAAAUGGAAUUUGAAACACAAUAUUUUCUGGACCUCAAUUUAUUACUUGGUUUGGCAAAGCGCUUACCAUUACUUUAUUACUUUGCGGCAGUCUUCGAAAAUUAAAUCUGGUCAAAGAGUCACAAGCUUCGAAUAUUUGACUUCCCACCAGUUCAAGAACUUUUGGGCCGUCAGGCUGCCGGAACCCUGGCCAAUGAUCUUUUACAUUUUGAUUCAAUAUUGCUAUCAACUUGGCACAAUGAUGCUAUGUGGAAUCUGGUUUCAUUAUAGAAGAGCCGCGGGCGCAUUUUUACUGUUCAUUUACAUUUGUGCAGCUAAGAACGGGGCAACAUACUACAUCGAUCAUUACGGCAAGAAGUUCGAGAAAGACGUUGCCAAACUUAAGAUGGAAGUUGAGGAACUGCAGCAACAACUAGAACAGAAAACGCUCAUUGAAAAAAGUUCAGCGAGUGAUGUAGAAUCCAGCUCACUGUGA